CUGCAUUCGUGUUUUGUGAAGCCCAAGAAAGCCCAGUUAUCGCCGUUGAUUGAUUAUGUUCGCGGAGAGCGCCUGGUCCGAGUGGAAGCAGAAGGAAGCGACCAGGGUUGAUGCUGCGCCUUCCAAAAUCUCUGAGCUGAAUCCCAGUGAGACUGUGGCACUUCCCUGCGUGCAUGAAUUGUAAGGGCGUGAGUGUGAGUGUGUGUGAGAGCAAGUGAGCGCCAGCGCUCCCACAUGGCCUCCAUGCAGGACGGGCUGAACUUCACGGCUCCUCCCUACGGCAAGGUCCUGCUGCUGGGUGCUAUCGCUGCUGCCUCAGCCUUUGUUGUCACGAUCCUCAUCGUGGUGCUCUGCGUGGGCUGCCAGAGGAAAGGGAAGACACACAAUGUUCCUGGCGAGGGUGGAAAACACCGUCUCAUGGACAUGGGUAUACUCAGGCAGUCGAAGCUCCGGUCCAUCAGUAAAUCAGACACUGAGAUGAACAAGAUGACCUGCAAUGGCAAAAAGGCAUCUAAAGAGAAACGUCCAGCAAGCAUGGACCUUCUACUGCUGCUCAGCCGCCGGUCUAACUCUGAUCUCCGUUCUCAAGGCAGGCAGCUUCCUCAGAUCCCCUCUGGGACUGGAGAGGAGGGAGAGCACACUUACUCUGAGGUGGGCCGACGCUCCUCCACCACACGUACCGACGAUGCCCUCUACGCCAUGGUAGGCAGGGCCGGGCAGACAGACACUCCAGCCCCUCCGGCAGUCCCCGCAAACACUCCGGCGCCCCCGGACCCAGACGGGGAUGUGGAAGGAGGGCUGCCUGAACCUGAGGCCCAGGUCAUGUCUCCCCCUCAUCCUCAGGAGACGGCCGAGUAUGCCUGCGUCAGGAAGCUGAGGAAGGCCGACAAGGCACCACAAAAGAGGGACAGUGGGACGGAUAUGGGGGCACCACAAAAGAGGGACAGUGGGACGGAUAUGGGGGUGCCUCCAGCGCCACCUCCACGACACGCUCCGCCAUCACAUCCUGCUCCUCCUCCACCACACCCCCACAGCACAAAGUUGCCCCGUAGAAACGUGGACGCCUUCAACGUCCCGGCAUUCCCAAAGGAAGUGAUGUUUAUGGGCAACGGAGAGCAGUAUAUCUGGAAGCCUCCAGAGGAUGAAGAGAUGCUCAUGCACCAAAAUAAAGCCCUGGGACCGUUGGGUGCUCACACAGUGGAGAAUAUACAACCGUCUGCUGCUGUGGUGGCUGAGAUGUACUCGAAGGUGUGUAAACCAGGAAAGAAGAAGAGAGCUGUGCCGGGGUCUCCCCCAGCAAAUCCUGGCUUCCGGACCUUGGGUCGUGGUGACCGGGACCGAGACCGGGAUGGGGGGUUUAGUGUAGUGGUCAAACCCCAGACGUGGGCCCUUCAGGAGGGGAAAGCAGUUGGAGGGCCCCUUGACGACCACUGCUAUGAGUCCAUCGGGACAGAGGAGUGUGAUCCAGCCUACGAGAACAUGGAAGGUGGAGGAGCCUGGAAGCGAGAGAGGCCCCCCAACACGUGUGCCACCCUGCGGCCGAGGAGGAAGAAAGCCCAGCAGCCCUUGCAGCAGCAACAGCCCCCUCCACCGCCGCCGACACAGCAGACCCCCAAGUUACAGCACCUGCCUGCCAAAGCCCUGCUGCUGCCGGGGGAGAACCUGUACGAGAGCAUCGGUGACCUGAAGCAGGGCUCCGCCACCUCCAGCACCACCACCAUCUUCACUUUCAACGACGGCAUGGAGAUGUAUGUAACAGGGCUCUGAGGCGGCGGCUGCACUGUGACCCCUAUCCUUCCAACACAAGGAGCUGAGCCAACACCAUGAGGAGUGACGGCUGAGCCCCUGUCAUGCUCACCCACACAUACUGUUUACAUUCAAGUCAUAACAUCAUGCCUUUCACAGGCUCUGGAGGCCUUGGGGCAAAAAUGUUGAUCUGUUAUGACCUGGGCUGAAUACAAAGUCCAAUCUAUAAACCUUAUAAGGAAUCCAAAGGUAGAGAAUAAUAAAUGAGCACAAGACCAAUGCAGAGCAAUCUGUACAGUAGGUAACAGUAGCACUUCUAUUUUACUGAUACAUAUGUGCAAAGCACAAUAAAGUAAAAAGCCUAAAUUCUUCCUUAAUUUUAGCGGGUAAAAAUAGUUGUUGACCUGGUCCUAGCAGGACUCCUAUUUGGGGAAAAGGCACAGCAUUGUGUGGAAUCUUUUGGUAGCACUUAGUCUGUCAUGAACAGGCCUUCCCUGUAGUUAGUCAAGAUGUGAUUCAGGACGGAAUUUAAAUGAUAUAAAGGAAUGAAUUACUUAAUCAAAAAACUUGAAAGCUCAGGGACCAAGAGAAUCAAUUAUGAGAGUAUUAUAACAAAAACUGCACACAUUUUGCAUUCCUCCUAAAAGCUUCGACUAAUUUAGACCAUCAUCAUAUUUGAAAAUCGACCAGAUAGUUCCCUCCGUCUUGUUUUGUUUCAUCUUACACGGACUGACCACUGUCUCCACUGCCGUCUGUAAAUUAAGUGUUUUACUUUGUUGAUCCUGUUUCUGCACUUUGCCUGCUACAAGUUGCAUGCUAAAAAAAGUAAAAAAAAAAAAAAAAAAAUAUCAAGCACUGUCAUGUGGUACCGCUAUAUGAAUGUUUUUUUUCUAUUGUUGUUGGUUGUUUAUUUCUUUUUAGUGUGUUGCUUUAUUCCUCUGUAGAGCUCAAAGCCAGUUAGAUUAAGGAUGUCUUUGGCUAGGUAGGACAUCCUUUGCCUGUCACACACAGAGUACAGGUGAAGCAAGACUUAAGAGAACUG